GAAAACGCCAAAGUGCUGCAGCAGAGAGCAGUGGCUUACAUCAAUGCAGACUCAGCGAUAGAGGGUAUGUACACAUUGAGGAUAGACUGCACUCCCUCUCUCCACACCUUGGUGUACGACAUCACCAAACAGGUGUCCAGUCCAGAGGAGGGAGAGGAGGGGUUGUCUCUGUAUGAGAGCUGGCACAAGCGCGACAACUGGACAGAUGACCGCGAUGCACCCCGGAUCAGUAAGCUGGGUUCAGGCAGUGACUUUGAGGCGUAUUUUAUCCGACUGGGCAUCGCAGCAGGCAGGGCCCGAUACACCAAGAACAGGAAGACGGAGCGGUACAGCAGCUACCCAGUGUAUCACAGUGUGUAUGAGACCUUUGAGUUGGUGGAGAGGUUCUACGACCCUUCCUUCCGGAAGCUCAGAGCCGUAGCUCAGGUCAGGGGAGGCCUCAUCUUCCUAUUGGCUGAUUCACAGCUCCUCCCCCUGGAUGCCAAUCAAUACGCUGGCUCUCUGACAAAGUACGCCCACACCAUCGCUCAGCUGGGACAGAAACACCCAGAUGCUCUUGUGAAAUACGGGGUAUCAUUCGAUUCUCUGUUCUCUGCGGUGGAGAACUUCACUGUGGCUGCUAGGGACUUCCAUGAGCGUCUCAACACUCUGGACAGGACAGACCCUAUACAGAUACGUAUGGUCAAUGACCAGCUAAUGUACCUGGAGAGAGCCUUCGUGGACCCGCUGGGUUUACCUGGCCGACCUUUCUACAGACAUGUGAUCUUUGCUCCCAGCAGUCAUAAUAAAUAUGCUGGCGAAUCCUUCCCUGGCAUUUAUGAUGCGCUGUUCGACAUCGAGCUUUCAGCCAAUCCCAAACAGGCGUGGGACGAAGUGAGGCGACAGAUCAGCAUCGCUACGUUUACCGUCCAAGCUGCCGCCAUGACACUCACACCCCCUGCCUAAACAAAAGCUCUCUCACACACACACACACACACACAGCACCUGAGAAAGACACACAAGCCCUGCCUUACACUCCAUGCUUUAUCUGAGCCAGUAGUCUGAAGCCACAUCCUCUCCCAUCGCUAUCUGGCUGCUUUUAGUAAAACGGCACCAUUUUGAAAAUAAAAUCAGACUUUUAAUGAA